AUGUCGACUGGUUCACAACAAAAGCGCGAACUAGAUGUUCCACAAAAUGGUCGUCAAUUGUCUUCUGAAGAUAAUGUUCAGUCGUUGGAAUCACUGAGUCAUGCAUCUGGAAUAUCAACUUCCUCAAUCGAUUCUAUGUCAACAAGUAGCCAAAAUAAUGAACGAUAUUUAAGUCAACAGCUUCGAACAACCAAUACGAUUGUCAACUUAGUCGAUUGUAUGGAAUGCUAUGUAAAAGUUGAACGUUGUACGUUCGAAUAUACAGGAUGCAUUACCAACGGAACCAUGACAAAAGAUAUAACUAUCGAAUUAAAAGAGCAACGUGAAGAACAAGAAGUCGGAUCAGAACAACAAGAGAAUCAGAUCAAAACAAAAGUUGUCGAAGCCAAAGAUGAAUAUCCUGUUCGUCCUGAUAAUCUCCAAGUUAAAGACACCAUCCGUAACGUGACCAUGACCUCAUUUCCAUCACCAGAAUAUGCAUAUUGGAACGAUGGAUCUUUUUAA